AUGUGUGGUGGCCAUAUAAAUGGGAUGUUUGGUUUUUUCUUCACAGAAGGACCUGUUUGCAAUUUCUCUGAUGCUAAAAAGAGUGACUUAGCCAAGUUUGCCAAGUUCUACAGGGGAAUGUUGGAGCAAGGUGUGUAUUUUGCACCUUCACAGUUUGAGGCUGGGUUCACCAGUUUGGCACAUACUACUGAAGACAUCAAGAUGACAAUAGAAGCUGUUGAGAGGGUUCUGCGGCUUAUAUGA